AUGACUCAUGCAAUUGGACAUCUAGAUUUUGCUGGUAAAGAUUUAACUGAUCAUUUUAUUAAAUUACUUAAUGGACGUCGUUAUUCAUUUGAAUCUAAAAUUGAACGUGAAAAUGUUCGUGUAAUGAAAGAAAGUUUAUGUUUAAUUGAUUCCGAAAUUCGAAAAACAGAAGAUGCUGAAUUAAAAUCGGAUGAAACAAGACAUAGUUGUCCUAAUUUUACAUCUUAUUUCAUAAAAGGCGAACCAGACAAAUGUUCUGAGAUCUUAUUUGAUCCGAAAGAUAUUGGACGAAAAAUAGGUGAGUAUUCAUCAAAUAUUGGCCGAUUCGAUUGUCAAAUGGGAUAUAAGCAUUCAACAAGAGUUAUGCAAUAA